AAAAUGGUCAAAGAUAUAUAACAAGAAAAGUCACAUGCUAGUUUUUGUCUGAUAUGAUCAAACUAAAUGAUCAAAUGGGCAAUGCUUUAUCUCCACGUCAUCAUCUCCUAUUAAUAUCUUCACAUUGACUGAAAAUAGCCAUUCAUGGGUGACCAAUCUGGUAAAGAAGUAACAAAAACGUACCAAACCCACUUCAUCAAAUACAAAAACAUUUCAAACUUCUUCCUCUUUUGCUUGUAUGAUCAUUCAAAAAAAAAAAAAAAAAAAAUUUCAGACAAAAAGUUUUUCUAUGUGCUUUUUACCAUCACCACCAUCUCUUUGAUAUUCCUGCCUAAAAAAAAUGUCAACCUUCAAUGCAGAGAAAACCAGAAAGAGGAACAAUAUAAUCAUAAUGGCAAUCUCAUUUUUUAUAAUGGCAAUGGUGGUUAUCAGUGUAGUUGUGGUUCUAGACAAACCUAGCGUUGAUCAACAAGAACCCAACAACGACAACAACAAUCACACCAUCAUUGCAACUCUUGACACCCUUUGUGGCUUCACCGAUUACAGGAAUGUUUGUCAGGCUACCUUGGCUCCCACCGUCGGCUACCAAUCCCAAGUGGAAAACUAUUUCCAAGCAGCCGUUAAUGCAACUCUUGUAGAGAUGAGGAAUGUUGUGGAAAUUCCAAAACGUUAUAUUGACAACACCACAAAUCAUAUGGAAAUGUAUGCACUCGAAGAUUGUAUACAAGUACUCGACUUGUGUAUUGAUGAGCUAGAGUACGUAAUGGCUACGCAACCAUUGGAAGCAUUGUUGAAUAAUUCUGAUGAUGUUAGGAACAGCCUCAGCGCCGUUGUGGCAUACCAACAAGCGUGCCUUGAGGGAUUGGUUUAUGCAAAUUCCAGUUCAAAUUUUCAGGAAGAUUUGAAGCUUUCCAUUGAGCUUGCAAGCAAUGCCUUGGCUAUCGAGUUUAACUAUUCUGAAAAUGAUGAUAAGGACGAUGAAGAUGAUGAGGCUGUACAGAAAAAUAGGAGACUACUUAGCGUUACCUCCAAGGAAGGUAACUUCAAUGAUGUUGGAUACCCGACAUGGUUGACAGCGGCUGAUCGAAGACUGCUACAGGUGGAUGUCGAUGUCCUUGCACCACAUGCAGUUGUGGCACAAGAUGGAACAGGGCAAUUUGAAAAAAUUGCAGAUGCUGUGAAAGCAUACCCCAAAAAUCACACCGGGAGGUAUAUUAUCUAUGUAAAGUCUGGUGAAUACAGGGAGACCAUCACUAUCACAAAAGAAAAAAUUAAUGUUUUCAUGUAUGGUGAUGGAGCUACAGAAACGGUCGUCAUUGGGAGGAGGAAGAACACUACAGUCUACCGGUCUGCUACGUUCUCGGCAAUUGGCAAGGGGUUCAUCUGCAAGCAUAUGGGAUUCACAAGUGCAGGUUACCGUCCGGACAAGGUAGCACUUCGAGUCCAGUCUGAUCAGGCAGCCUUCUUCAACUGCGCUAUAGAUGGUACAAUAGGCCCCUUACUUGCAUUAGCACACCGGCAAUUCUUCCGUCAUUGCAAAAUCAGCGGUACCUUAAACAUCAUUACAGGUGACUCUGCCCUCGUGAUCCAGAACUCUUGGAUUAUUGUGAAGAAGCCUGUACUAACUAGAAAAGCCACGGUAACCGCAAAUGGCAGGAGUGAUAGACAUGAAAACACAGGUUUUGUGCUCCAUAAUUGUGCUGUUGUCCCGGAUGAGAAAUUUAAACCAGAAAGAUUCAACUACUCCACUUAUUUGGGUGUAGCACUGAAUAAAUAUGCAAGAACCAUAGUCAUGGAAUCAGAGUUGGGAGAUUUUAUCCAUCCAGAAGGAUGGCUUACGGGGGACGAGGAUAUUGGAGCUUAUACUGUGAACUUCGCUGAGUACAAAAACAAUGGUCCUGGAGCUCAAACCAGCAAAAGGGUCAAUUGGCCAGGUUACAAAGAAAUUACAGAUGAAAACAAAGCCAUGCAUUAUGCACCAGACCGAUUCAUUCAAAUAGAAGAAUGGUUGAAAAUGGAUGUUGAAAUUCCCUAUCAUGCUGGGCUUUAUAACUGAAAGAUAGAAGAAGCACUUGAAACUAGAUAAGGUUUUUUUAGGGUAAUAUUGACAGAAGAUGUAAUAUGCCCAAUGCAUUGAAACCACUUCUCUACCAAGCCAGCUUUUAAAUGGAAAAAGUGUAAAUAAUCAUUUAAACCAGCGCGCUGACAGAGAAUGAUGCAAUGCAUGCACAAUGCAUAAUUGUCUAAAUUUUGUAUAUAGUUCGCAUAGACAUGAUGCAGAGUAAAAUGCUCAUGGUAGAUAAGACAUGAUUAGAAUACUAAAGUGAUGUAUUACUGUUUGGUGGAUCCGAGAGGAUCUCCAUGAACUACAAUAGUUUUAAAUCCCUCCCUUCCUUUAUAACUAUUUGGUCCUUGUCCAAAAAAAUGCAGCUUUACAGGAAGCAUGUUGCAGUAGACUUGGACUGCAUGAGCAUCAUAACUAAUACGGUAAGCAUCUUCUUUAUAGAAAGGCAUAAUAAUGUGGUAGAACAUGGAAAACGUCCGCUUUUAAGUAUAUAAGUAUAAUGCAUCUAUAAAUAAAGCUACACAGGAAGCAUGUUCUGCACUAGGCAUGAGCAUCAUAACUAAUACAGUAAAGCAUAUUCUUUAUACAAAGACAUAAAUAAUGUUGUAGAACAUGGAAAACAUCAGCUUCAAGUAUAAUGCACCUUAUAUCAUACAUCAAAACAUCAACCACAAGUAGGCUACUCCUAAAAAACACAACAACACACUCAUUCUCCAAAUGAACUUUAUGUAUAACUUUAAAAUUUGCUCACCAUGAUAUUUAACUGGCUAGACUAUCAGAAUUAUUAUUGCUCCUAAAAGUUUUAAUAAGAGAAAAAGCUGUCAAAACUCAACUUAGGACUCACGCAAAAGUGGCAAAGAGAGGCCAAAAUAUAUGUUUUAAUCUCAAACUGCAAAAGUGGCAAAGAGAGGCCAAAAUAUGUGUUUUAAUCUCGUAGGCAAGAAGUUUGCCUAGCCACAUCCAAAUAAAUACUGCAGCAUGUGAUCAUAUUGGGGAAAAAAUAAAAAAUAAAAAUAAAAAACCUUAAAAAGUCAUAACAGGAUUCAUAUUCCUUAUAGCCGAAUUGACAAUAAUAAGCACCAAGAGGGACAUCUGAAAAUUAAACCCAGAAGAGAAAAUUUGCUAUCAUUUGUACUUGAAUCUUCACUAAAAUAAUGAGGAAAAUACAACUGGGGCAUGGAAUAAAACUAAAAUUGUCUAAAAGUAAAAUAGAAUACACAAUCACAUAACAAAAAGAGACAAAAGAUCCCAUAAUCGCACAAACAUCAAACUCAAAGGAAUAACGCCAACAUAUGCAAGAGAAAUUCAACAUGCCACACUAGAAACAACUCGUGGCUGCGAUACAGUUCCUUCUUUUAGAUUUCUCCCACCUGGGUUCUGCAUCAUUCCCGCCAAAAGCCUUCAAACAGAUUUUCUUCCUUUCCAAGUUUUCUUUAUUUUGCUGCAGGAACAUUCUCUCCUCUACCAUGAUUUUUCUGCUCGAGCUCCAUGCUUUCUCUCUUAACCAAAUCCCCAGACUUUUCCUUGUCAUUCACGUUGCCAUUGGAUUGAUUAGCACAGCCGUGUUCCGGCUCUCCAUUGUUGCUCUUCUUGUUAGGCGGCGGUGAUCCAGAAGGCUUCAUAGCAGGAUUCUGCCUGGGAGAAUUGAACCCAUUGAACAUCUCUUUCCCUUGUGAAUUGGGAACCAGAGGUGGGUUCUUCUCCUUCUCUUUCUCCUUGUGCUUGUGAACUAAAUUGGCCGACCCAGAAACCUCAGAGACUUCAGCAACAUCCUUACGCACAACCUUAUCCCCUCUGGAAUGGACGAGCAGAGCCAGGUGAUCCAGAGCCUCCCGAGCCCUUUUCCGAGCAAGAGCAGCCUCCCUAACCCGUCUCUCAGCCUCGGCACGAGCCACAAUAACGGCCUUAGCCAUGGAAGUAGAAGCGAUCUUGGAAGCACAGAGCAAAACCAAGGCAAGCCUUUUGUCAAUGGCCUUGUUGGGAUCGGAAUCAAGGUCGAAGAAGGUGAAAUUGGGAGUGGCACAUGGAGGACAGAGAUAGGUGGAAGAAGACGGCGUCGUAUUGGUGGUGGCAGAAGAAGCAGACGGGGGUGGUAGAGAAGCACAGUGAGAGUGGGUGAAGGAAGAGCA